GUUGAAAGCCCAACAACUUCACCAAUCACUAGUCCUACAACUUCACCAACCACUAGUCCUACAACUUCACCAACUACCAGUCUUACAACAUCGCCUGCAACUAGUCCUACGACAUCACCAACAACCAGUCCUACUACUUCACCAACAACUUCACCGACCACUAGUCCUACAACUUCACCAACUACCAGCCCUACAACAAGUCCUACAACUUCACCAACCACUAGUCCUACAACUUCACGAAUUACCAGUCCUACAACAUCCCCUACAACAAGUCCUACAACGUCACCAACUACCAGCCCAACUACUUCACCAACUACCAGUCCUACAACAUCACCUACUACUUCACCAACUACAAGCCCUACCACCUCACCAACUACAAGUCCUGCCACGUCACCUACUACAAGCCCAACAACUUCACCAACCACUAGUCCGACAACUUCACCAACUACCAGUCCUACAACAUCCCCCACAACUUCACCAACUACCAGCCCCACAACAUCACCAACUACCAGUCCUACGACAUCACCCACUACCAGUCCUACAACUUCACCUACAACUAGUCCUACGACAUCACCAACAACCAGUCCUACUACAUCACCAACAACUUCACCGACCACUAGUCCUACCACGUCACCAACUACCAGUCCUACAACAUCACCUACAACUUCACCAACCACUAGUCCUACAACGUCACCAACUACAAGCCCUACUACCUCACCAACUGCAAGUCCUGCCACGUCACCUACUACAAGCCCAACAACUUCACCAACCACUAGUCCCACAACUUCACCAACUACCAGUCCUACAACAUCUCCCACAACUUCACCAACUACCAGCCCCACAACAUCACCAACUAUCAGUCCUACGACAUCACCCACUACCAGUCCUACAACUUCACCUACAACGAGUCCUACGACAUCACCAACAACCAGUCCUACUACUUCACCAACAACUUCACCGACCACUAGUCCUACAACUUCACCAACUACCAGCCCUACAACAAGUCCUACAACUUCACCAACCACUAGUCCUACAACUUCACCAAUUACCACAUCACCUACAACUAGUCCUACAGCAUCACCAACUACCAGUCCUACUACUUCACCAACCACUAGUCCUACAACUAGUCCCACAACAUCACCAACUACCAGUCCAACAACUUCACCAACCACUAGUCCUACAACGUCACCAACUACAAGCCCUUCUACCUCACCAACUACAAGUCCUGUCACGUCACCUACUACAAGCCCAACAACUUCACCAACCACUAGUCCGACAACAUCCCCCACAACGUCACCAACUACCAGCCCCACAACAUCACCAACUACCAGUCCUACGACAUCACCAACUACCAGUCCUACGACAUCACCAACUACCAGUCCUACAACUUCACCAACUACCAGUCCUACAACAUCACCAACUACCAGCCCUACAACAAGUCCUACAACGUCACCAACUACCAGCCCAACUACUUCACCAACUACCAGUCCUACAACAUCAACUACUACUUCACCAACCACUAGUCCUACAACGUCACCAACUACAAGCCCUACUACCUCACCAACUACAAGUCCUGCCACGUCACCUACUACAAGCCCAACAACUUCACCAACCACUAGUCCGACAACUUCACCAACUACCAGUCCUACAACAUCCCCCACAACUUCACCAACUACCAGCCCCACAACAUCACCAACUACCAGUCCUACGACAUCACCCACUACCAGUCCUACAACUUCACCUACAACUAGUCCUACGACAUCACCAACAACCAGUCCUACUACUUCACCAACAACUUCACCGACCACUAGUCCUACCACGUCACCAACUACAAGUCCUACAACAUCACCUACAACUUCACCAACCACUAGUCCUACAACGUCACCAACUACAAGCCCUACUACCUCACCAACUACAAGUCCUGCCACGUCACCUACUACAAGCCCAACAACUUCACCAACCACUAGUCCGACAACUUCACCAACUACCAGUCCUACAACAUCCCCCACAACUUCACCAACUACCAGCCCCACAACAUCACCAACUACCAGUCCUACGACAUCACCCACUACCAGUCCUACAACUUCUCCUACAACGAGUCCUACGACAUCACCAACAACCAGUCCUACUACUUCACCAACAACUUCACCGACCACUAGUCCUACAACUUCACCAACUACCAGCCCUACAACAAGUCCUACAACUUCACCAACCACUAGUCCUACAACUUCACCAAUUACCAGUCCUACAACAUCGCCUACAACUAGUCCUACAACAUCACCAACUACCAGUCCUACAACUUCACCAACUACCAGUCCUACAACAUCACCUACAACUAGUCCUACAACAUCACCAACUACCAGUCCUACUACUUCACCAACCACUAGUCCUCCAACUAGUCCCACAACAUCACCAACUACCAGUCCAACAACUUCACCAACCACUAGUCCUACAACGUCACCAACUACAAGCCCUACUACCUCACCAACUACAAGUCCUGUCACGUCACCUACUACAAGCCCAACAACUUCACCAACCACUAGUCCGACAACAUCCCCCACAACGUCACCAACUACCAGCCCCACAACAUCACCAACUACCAGUCCUACAACUUCACCAACUACC